CAUUCCUUUCGAUUUUCUUCAUGCCUCCGUCUCGAUGUUUCUUGACGAAACUUGCUCUUUCCUUUUUCUUUUACUUCGGAAAUGUCUUUCUUUACGAGUUUCUAGCCUUAAGCGAUGAUCGUGAUGUUAUAUGUUAUUCGUUAUUUUAUUCGUUAUUUUUCUCUGUUAUUUUGUUUCUUUUUACUUUUUUUUUAUUACUUUGCCUUCUCAGUGGUAUACGUUUUUGCCUCCGUAUUUACAUAGCGAUGAUGAGGAUCACGAACUGGCAGCAGGGAGGCGAUGGUCCGAGUUGUUGUCAAUGUUUGGUUUAUGCUUUAUUUUCCAUACAUUUAGUUGAUCUACUGAAUAUAGUCGUUUUGCAUAUAGUCUUUAGUCUUUACAGUAUGGUC